ACUCUAUAUCCCACCCGGGCAGGACCCCGCCAUAUAUACACGGUCUCGACGACACUUUCCCAGCGACGGAUAAACGCGCAACGCACCUCACGACGCAUUGUCCCUUCCCAUCCUACUCUCUAUUCUCCAUCUCUAUCUCCUCUCUCGACCCAUACGCCACACGCAGCCGCCGUCCUUUCACCCCCAUCCAAGCCAAUCCCCCAGCUCCUUUCGCCACUUCCUUUGCUACCACCCAUAGUCUGAAAAAAUCAAACUCGAAACGAAACGCUACUCGACGACGCCAUAUCCAGACCACACACCUUCAUUCCACCCACUGUCUCUACUCUCAUCAACGGCUGGCCCGUACGCCCACUAUGCUCCCCCAUCCCCAUGACAUCUUUCCCAGGCUGGACAAGCGAGACGACUGUGUUACUUGCAACAGUACCACCCCGACUUGCAACUGUUCAUCGGGCGAGAAGUGUGUCCUUACAUCAAGGACGUGCAACCAAUGCCCGACUAUCCAAUGCAUCAAAUCCGCAUCCAGCAGCUCUGGGUCGAGUGUGAAUGCGGGUGUCAUUGCGGGGCCGGUGGUCGCUGUGCUGGUGAUUGCCAGUCUGGGCUUGUUCUGGUGGCUGAGGCGCAAGAAGAGACGCGACAUGAAGCGUGUCGAAGGCCUCGCCGACCGCGCCCGCAAAGCAGAAUCAGCAGGCUUCCAACUAUCACCCUCCCGCUCGCCUCCUCCUUCUACCAACCCCAGCUCUUCCUUCCCCCUCCCACCACCCUCUGCUUCACGCCGAUCUCCUCUGCCACCCGCACCUGUCAACGCAGAGUACUAUGACCAGAACGGCUCGACCAUCCGCGUCUACUCGAACAAUGGCACGAUCAACGCCGACCCCAACGGGGAUCCCUUCUCAGACAGGCAGAGCAUCUCCACGAUGGGCAGCGGCGGCACGGCAAACAUCAUUCCUAUCCAGUACAUCCCGCCCUCCGAGUCGAAGGAUGGCCUGUCGAAAGUGGCGUCAAAGGACAAUGGCGAAACGGCUCAAAGCGCUGCGGCGAGACUCGACCAAGCGAGGCAAAACCUUUCCAAACUCGGUGCUCCUUCCCGUCCAGCCCGAAGCCCCGACCUCGACCUCCGGCUCACCCCGCCCAACGCGCCCUCGGCGUUCGACCCCGGCGCGCUCCGCUCCCCCGGCGCAGGCUCAGGCAACGGCAACGGCAACUGGCGCGACUCGUACUUGUCUGGCAACUCUGCUGCGCCGUCGUACUUUUCGGGGCAGUCGGAUUUCCAGCUGGAUCAGCCCAAGAUUGUUACGAGCAGGCAGGUGCAGGUGGGCAGGCUGCAGCAGGCGGAGGUCGUCAACUUGAGGGCGGGGGCGAGGGAAGGUGUGUUGAGUCCAGUGAGGGACGAAGAAGAUCCAUUCGACCGUACGCCGCCAGCCCCCGGCCUCUCCCCUUCCGACGCUUCCUUCCGCUCCACAGGCGAGCGUACCCUCACACCAACCAACCGCAAAUUCGGCGCCUCUGCCUCUGCCUCCCCCACCACCGCCACCGCCAACGGCCAAGAAGAACGCCUCGACGCCAUGUCGGAAGGCUCCUCUGGCGACUUGCGGUUCUCGAUGGGCAGCCUGGACUAUCGGACCAGCGUGAGCACGAUGGGCACGAGUCGGUACCUCGCUUCUGCCGUUACCGUCCCCGUCCUCGGGCGCGCCACCCCAGCCCCAGCGACGGCUACGACACCCAACUCUGCUUUCCCCGAUUCCGCCACCACCCCGCUUCCCACCGCUUCCGCCGCUUCCCCGUUACCUUCUGCUUUGCCGUCGUCGCAGUACAACUCGCGCGGCAGCGGCAGCGGUAGCGGGACGGGGAUGGCGACGGGGGAUACGAGAGGGUCGGUACUGUCGAGUAAGAGCUUUGCGGAUUCGUUCCUCGGGGCGUUCCCUAUGAUACCGCCAGACCAACAACGGCCGCCUGUGCCGAGCGUCGUCUCAAGGGGAACUACUUCUUCUCCCCUUUCUCCCCUCUCAUCAUCGACGUCAGCGUCACAAGCGCAGGGGCAGGGGCAGGGGCAGGGGAAUGUAGAAUUGAUCUCUCGCCCGCCUAUAGCUUAUCGUCCGCCCCCGCCCGGUCCGAGACCACCUUCCUCCGCCCGGGGGUCUGGGAUGGAACGCCCGAGCUUGGAUGAUGAACGCGCAGGGAGGAAGAGACCAGAGACGCAAGAUAGUUUUUUGGGCACGUUCCCGUUCGUACCGCCGAAUAUGGAUGAUUUGGCGGGGAUGCCGGAGGCUGCUGGGUCGCCUGUAAGGGCAUCUGGGGCUGUGGCUGGGGAAGGAAAGAAGUAA